CGCCAAAAUAUGUAUGCGAAUUUGCAGUCGGAAGAGCUCUGAAUCUAUCGCCGUAAAUUAACCCGCGAAUUCUGAGGUUUUCGCCGAUCGGAGAAUCAAAUAUAGUUAAGUCUGAAUCUGGAGAACAAAGUGUGUCAGUAAUUGAGGAUAUAGAGGAUUAAAUAGGGGGUAAACGAGAAAUCGAUGGCGGACGAUAGUUGCCCUAGGGUUAUUUCAUCCGAAUCUGAUUCGUUAUCAACGACGAAACAAAGAAAAAGAAGAAAGUGGGAUCAACCAGAUGAGUCGUUGGUUUCUUCUGGAAUAUCACCAGCGCAGAAUAUUUUUCCACUGGCAAACGUGGGUUGCUUCGCCCAGAUUACAUUGCCGUCAGUCCCCUUUGUGGCUGGUGCACCUCGGACAACCCCUUUAUCCACUUCUACUGCCACCCCCAUUCAAGUGGCUCAGCCAAAGAUCCAAGAUGAAGUAAUAGCAAGAGAAAUUGUCAUAAAUGAUGCUGACUCUACGAUUCGUUAUAAGUUAACAAAACGACAAACACAGGAAGAGAUUCAGAGAAGCACGGGCGCUGUGGUAAUAACCCGGGGUAAAUAUCGGCCUCCUGAAGCCCCAUCUGAUAGUGAGAGACCCCUUUAUCUUCAUAUAUCUGCAGGAGCACAUUUGGAAACAACAGCUGAACGAAUCAAAGCAGUUGAUCAUGCUUUCGCUAUUGUGGAAGACAUGUUAAAGCAGACUUCAGUCAACAGUGGAAUGAAGAUUGACCAUUUGCUGCACACUUGUGUAUAUUUGGGAUUUGAGGCAGACCCAUCCUUGAAUAUAAAUUCUCGCAUCCGAGGUCCAAAUGAUCAAUAUGUAAACCACAUUAUGAAUGAAACAGGAGUAACUGUCUUAUUAAGAGGACGAGGUUCUGGAUAUUUUGAAAACGGACAGACGGAAGAAACUCAGCAGCCGUUACAUCUGUUGUUGUCUAGCAAUGAUCCAAAAUGCCUUGAACGUGCAAAGCUAUUGGCCGAAAAUCUAUUGGACACAAUUAGUGCUGAGUGUGGUGCCUCUAGGGUAUCUUCGGGUAAGGUGUAUGGUGCUGUUCCACCUCCACCUCAGUUGCAGGCAGGAGUCCUGAGUCCUGUGUAUCCAUCAAAAGUGGAUCAUGCAGUUUCUCUGAGUUCACCAGCUUUGGUUGGUGUCGGUAGUACUCUCUCUCUGCCUGAUGUUUCAUUAUCUCAAUCCAUUGGAUUGUCAAAUCCUGGGUUAUCUCAUACAAACACUACUGGCUAUCAUCAUGGGUUGAUUAAUGGAACAAGUUAUAUUGGCUAUGGUGGAAUAUACCCGCAAGCCACACCUUUGCAACAAGUUGCUUUGGCCCUUAGGCAGUCAACAUCUCCAGUCAACUCUACCAUUGCUCCCACAGCCACAGCCUCUUCGAAAGAUCCACCAGCAGAUAAACAAUCACAUUCCCAAAAGCGAAAGUUUCAGGAAUUACCUGCUGCUGCAAAAGUGUCAGCCAUUCCAAACCAGGUAUUUUCACUGACCUCCUUGUGUGAAGCUAACAUGCUGAUACUGGGACAUCUAUGUUGGACAUUUGCAUGUUUUACAGGGUUUCUUCUACGGAGGUGGCAUGAGAUAGCUGCUUGCUGUUUCAACCGUUUUUUAAAUUUAAAAUUACAGUGCUGCAUUAAUUGUGCUUGUUUGAUCUCUCCUGUUUGUCUGAACAAAGUGCACACACAAGAACCAUAGUUGGCUACAGAUCUCCUCAUCAGUUGAAUUGAAAGAAACGUUGUCUAGUAAUCUGUCUAAAGAUGUGUUAACAUAAUAGUUAGAUAAAAAUUCAUCUAAACUUAAGUUAAAAUCAUGAUAGAUUGAAUGCUGAUGCUGGUGACCUUUCUCACUUCUAUAAGAGCUUGUGUUUCUUUCAUUCUUCUGUUUGUUUUUUCUGAUGAGGAAUAAUGACUUGUUCUUUCAUGCUUUUGUGCUAAUUUUCAUAUAAGCUGAGGCAAAAUUUUGGCUUAGACAUGCAUGAUUACGUGAUGCAUUUGCAAAUUUCAUGAAUUAUAGACAUCAUAUUACUCCUAACACAGCGGGGUUUGGUAUUAUGCUCUCCAGAAGAAUAUACAGGGCUCAGAAUUUCCAAUGCCCCGUGAACUAACGUCAAAUGUAGGUGCAAGAGAUGUUUCAGUUAUGCAAGAUGUAAAGAAGCCUUUGUUCAAUGGAAUGCUGCCCCCGCCUCCUCCCAAGAAGCCAU